UCUCCUGUGAACAGGAUCCACCCUCCACACCUGCCACCAUGAGUGACUGCUGCUGCUCCCCUUGCUGCCAGCCCACCUGCUGCCAGCCCACAGGCUGCAGGACCACCUGCUGCAGGACCACCUGCUGGAAACCAGCCUGUGUGACCUGCUCCUGCACACCCUGCUGCCAGCCCAGCUGCUGUGGCUCCAGCUGUGGCUCCAGCUGCUGCCAGCCCUGCUGCCAAACCACCUGCUGCAGGACCACCUUCAAACCCACCUGUGUGACCAGCUGCUGCCGCACACCCUGCUGCCAGCCCUGCUGCUGUGUGUCCAGCUGCUGCCAGCCUUGCUGCCAGCCCAGCUGCUGCGGGUCUAGUGGCUGUGAGUCCAGCUGCUGCCAGCCCAGCUGCUGUGAGUCUAGCGGCUGUGGGUCCAACUCCUGCUGUGAGUCCAGUGGCUGUGGGUCCAGCUGCUGCCAGCCAGUUUGCUCUGGACCCGUGUACUGCACAAGGAGAUGCUACCACCCCACCUGUGUCUGCCUGCCUGGUUGCCUAGGCCAGGGCUACGGAUCCAGCUGCUGCCAGCCUUGCUGCUAAUGCUCAAGUCCCCAAAGGACCAACAUCUGCGCAAACUUCUGUCAACUGACUUGCCUUGCCCGCACAAAUUCACUUUCUACCUUUCCUGAAAACCAUCAUGCUAUCACUAAGAUGUCUGUUAAUCAUCUCCUUUAUAAGAGCUUGUAAAUCACUAUGAGGGGGUGCAGACUACUUCAUUCUCUUCUUCCUUAGGCCUAAUGGAUCUCGGGCCAGCUGCAUAGAUCCUUGAUGUGGAGCUAUGGCCUUGGCUUAAAUUCUGAAGCCAAGUUCUUUACCUCUUUUUCUAAAUAACUUAGGAAGACACUUCUUCAUUAAAAAAUUUCAAAAAAGUUUAUGCAGCUGAUCAACCAUAUUUUCUUUUGCAGCAUAUUCUGGAUUCUUGUAUACUUCUUUAUCCUUUUCUAUUAGUUUCUGUUGUUUCCCCAGAUGCAGACACCCUUAAUAAAUUCUGUACCAUUAUUCGUUCCUUAUGUCUGUCUUUGUUUUACUAUUGUAAGAUCACUUGACAUUAGAUGUACACACUAAAUAGAUCUGAAGAGUACAAUACAUUGACAUUGUAGUACACACCAUAGGUAUAAUGUCUCUGGAAGUUUUUCCUCUUGGAUAACUGAAAGUCAGUAUUCAUUGAUUAGAAUUCCCAACAUCCUCCUAUUACAGCCUCUGGAAACUACCAUUCUAGUCUUUCUUUACCUGAGUUUGAUUUUAAUACACCUGAUGUGAGUGGAAUCGUGUAGAAGGUAUCAUUCUGUGACUGGCUUAUUUCACUUAGCAUAGUAUCCUCAAGGUUCACCCAUCUUAUCGAAAAAUAGAAUUCCAUCAGUUUUAAGGCUGAAUAGUAUUCCAUUGUAUGUUUGUACCAUGUUUUCUUGAACCAUUCAUUACUUCCAUAUCUUA